UCGUACUUUUUAACCUCUAUAUCACUAAUAAUCAGUUAAAAUAUAUUUUCUGUGGGAGCACCUAUUAUGUGACAUGUGACAUAUACAAAAAUAUAAUCUGUGGAAAAGACAACAGUCAACAAAGAGUCAACAAAAGAUUAUUUUCAAGUUUACAAUUGUAUCCGGUUUGUUUUGUCUUUAAUUAAUUAUUUGUGUCAGAAAAAAUGGUUAUUCUAAAUUGUUUUCGGUAUCCGGAAUCAAAUAUAAGGCACGAACAAAGAAACGUUAGGGCAAUUUUAGAUAAAAAAGAUUUGGGGUUAGGAACGCUCUUCAUCAGCGAAAACAAUUUAUGUUGGCAAGAAAAGGAUAAUAUUGGUUUCUGCAUUGAUUAUCGAAAUAUAUCUCUUCAUGCCAUAUCCAAAGACGAGAAUGUUUAUUCUAGAGAAUGUAUUUAUAUUAUGGUGGAUGGUAGAAUCUACAUGCCAGGAGAUGAACCACAACAUUUAAACGAUGAUAAUGAUGAAGAUGUAGAAUCAGAACCAGAAAUUAGUGAAUUACUAUUGGUCCCUGAUGAAGAAAACUCCCCUUCAGUUCUAACAAUCUAUGAAGCUAUUAAAAUAUGUCAGGAAUUAAAUCCAGAUCCAGAUGAUAUGGAUGAAGAGGAUGAAGAAGAUGAUUUAUAUGCUGAUGCUGAAGAUGAAAUGGAAGAAGGACAUUAUGUAAUUCAUGAUAGAGCUGAUGGAGACGCAGAUAUAAAUGAGUUAUCAAGAAGAUUGGAAGGAAAUACUGUAGAUAUUAAUUAUAUACAGAAUGGAAAUGAAGAGGAUGAAUUUCAAGAUGCUGAUUAGUUCUUAAUAAUUUUUAUGCUAUUUAUAUUUAAUUCUUUUGUAAGCUUUAAUGUUAAAAUAAAACACGUAUGUUAGAAUGAAACAAUAUAAUAUAAUGCAAAUUAAUUUUUGUAAAGUGAUGUAGGUAGACCAUAAUACACACAGUACAGGUCACAACAAAAAUGUUAACUUAUAUUCUUUGUCCGAUUCUUUUAUAGCCAACAUACAUUUUUUAACAUGAACAAUAAUUCAUAACAUCCACCUUUUUUUAAUAGGCUGUAUAUAAAAUUAAUGUAAUCCAAGAUACUGUAAUUAUAUAUUUUGCUUUCUUGAAUUACAUAAUGAUCCCAAAAAUUUAUCCCUUAUUUAAUUUUUGUAGUUAACUUUUUUACUAAAUUAAUAUAUUAUUAGAAUGAUACAGACAUUUUUUAGAUAUACAGUUUUUGUAAUUAUCAUUGUAAAAUGUUGUUAGAUACCAGUAAAUUAUGUAAAAGGCU